GGGGGGGUACUGGGGAUGUAACAAGUGAAGAAUGUCAGCUAUGUUCUGCCACCUGUUGAUGUCCACUGCUCUGAGAGAAUUUAACUCGGCAAAUAGAUGAGAAAGAUGAGAAAAACAACCUCGAUUCUAAAGAAAACAGCUGAUUUGAUACCGAAGCUGUGAAAAGCCUCUAAACCUAUGAAUGGUGUCCUUUUAAUGACAUCCCUAGUUCUCAGGAAAACAUCUUCAGACUUUAGAUGACUGUUGGGCCUCAGAUGGUGCAUUGUAAAGAUUCUACUAUAUCUAAAAUAGAAGGGUUUGAACUAGAUUACGCAUUGUAAUUUUUUACUAGAGCUGAUCAACAUCAGUGAAUUCACCGUUUAGCUGAGAGCCAGUUCUGCGUAAAGGGAAGGGAAGCUAUCUCCAGCUUCAUGUUUUUCAUCUAAAGUCAGACAUCUGAGGCCAUUUAUUUUGUGGAUUGUUUUUCCUGAGACCUGAUGAAUUCUUUAAAAGUUCUCCACCCAUAACUGAUCUGAAUGUCUAAGGAAGUCACCUAGAUCUCUGUCAGAUUCAGCCAUCAGACACCAGCUUUAAAAUGUGAAGAUUAAAUAGUAUUUUCAUACAUGGAUUUACCACCACAGAAUCCAUAUUUACCACAUAAGUUUCGGGAUGUAUGAGAAGACUAUGCAGCAGUUACAAAGAUCCUAUUAAAAUAGAUGAAUACAUGCUGGGAUCAAACCUGAUGUGUAGGAUUUUUCUCCUACCCCCGUGUUGCUCUUGUAGGAAAAUUUUUUGAGUGAUUGAUUUUUCAAUAACAUUGAUGAAAAAGGCAAUUAAUUACUGCGGAGUGUAAAGAACAGAAUCCUGCUGCUCAUCGAAGCAUUAAAUGAACCUGUCAUGAUUUAUAAUAGCAAUUACAUAAUGGUCAAAUCUAUUUAAAUGCAUAUGUUUCUGUGUAAAAACAUCUGGGAAUGAGUGCGUCUGAUGUUCCAGAAAAGAUAACUUGCCAAUUUUGCAAUAAUUAAUAAACUCAAAGACAUUUUGUUUUAAACUCUGAAACUUGACUCAGAGACAUUGUCCCUUUUUAUUAUUUUACUUGGAUUUUCUUUGUCUUGUUUAACAAGAGCUGGCAUAAAAUGUUGUUUCAAGCAUUUAAGUUUGAGGCAGAAAUGAAUGAUCUGGUGUUGGGCAGGAGUUGAGAAUCCAUGUUGUGAGAACUUAAAAUUGACAGUACUGUAGAGUCUGUUGAGUUCUGUAAAUGCUGAGUCACUGUUUGGGAAUCUCUAUUUUAAUUUGUUUGAUGCAAACAGCCUUGAACCUUUGUGAUGGGAAACAUUCUUCUACCUUUUUGCUUUCAUAAUGUGUUAAUAAUAAUCAGGGACAGAAAAUAACAACAAUCAACACUAGGUGUUUUACACAGGCGAGAGAAUGGGCAGCCAUAUUCUGUUAGAUUGGGCCGCAACCUGUGGAUUUACCUAACAUUUGUUAAAAAUCUAGAUAUUCCCAGUACAUCCUGCGAGGGCUGCAAAUCUUUGUUAUUUUUCUCUCAUGGACAUUAGCAGAACAUCUAUGAUAGCUUCCAGUCAGGUUUUCGUAGAGCUCAUUCUACUGAAACAGCUCUUCUUAGGGUCUCUAAUGACCUUCUGACUCACAGUGAUGCAGGGGACUGUUCUGUUCUGGUCCUGCUGGACCUGACGGAAGCCUUUGACACUGUCGACCAUCACCUGCUACUGGAGAGGCUGAGACUGGGUAGGCCUAUCAGGAACUGCUCUGGAGUGGUUCUUCUCUUAUCUCUCUGAGCGUUCCUUUUCUGUGGCCGUCUCCAAGUUUAGGUCCUCUACCACCUCUCUUACCCAUGGUGUCCCACAAGGUUCUGUGCUGGGGCCUCUGCUCUUCCUCCUCUAUCUGCUUCCUCUUCAGCACAUCCUGAGCUCCUUCAAAGGAAUCUCCUACCAUCUUUAUGCAGAUGACAUCCAACUGUACAUCUCCUUUAAGCCCCAUUAGAUGUCUAAGCUGCAGCUGUUACACACCUGCUUAGACUCUAUCUGGAUGGCUGGGAGCUUUCUUCAGCUGAAUGAAGAUAAGACUGAGAUCCUCAUCUGUGCCCCAGACAAGCUGGUUCCCAAAGUCAGAGACUCUCUUGGUCAGCUUGCUUCUCACACCAAACCUUCUGUCAGGAAUCUUGGCGUGACCUUUGACCCAGCUCUCACCCUGGAUUCUCAUGUCAGUUCUCUUGUUCGCUCUUCCUUCUUGCAUCUCACGAACAUUGCUAAGCUGAGUCCCAUUCUGUCCCGCUCUGAACUUGAGACAGUUAUCCACACCUUCAUCUCCUCACGCUUGGACUACUGUAACUCUCUUUUCACGUGUCUGAGCAGAACCUCCCUGAACCGUCUACAGGUGGUUCAGAACACCUGUGCUCGGCUUCUGACCAAGUCCUCCAAACACACCCACAUCACCCCGCUUCUCCUCCAGCUUCACUGGCUGCCAGUCAACUUCAGGGUUCAUUUCAAGAUCUUGGUUCUGGUCUAUAGGGCCUUACAUGGACAAGCACCAUCUUACAUUGGUGAUCUUCUUAGUUCCUACACCCCCAGCAGGUCCCUGAGGUCCAGUGACCAAAGCCUACUGGUUGUGCAGCGCACCAGGCUAAAGACCAAAGGUGACAGAUCAUUUGCUGCUGUGGCCCCCAGACUCUGGAACUCUCUCCCCCUGAGCCUGAGAUCAGUGGACUCAGUGGACUCCUUUAAAAAGCAGCUGAAGACUCACUUGUUCAAGCUGGCUUUUGUAUGUUUGUAUGUAUUGUUUUUGUGAAGCGCCUCGUGAUUUUUAUCUUGAGAGGCGCUGUAGAAAUGAUAUUUUCUUCUUCUUCUUCAGUGGCCCGGGCUAGCAUUAGCAGUAGCUUGGGAAAGUGUUAGCAGUGGCCCAGGCAAGUGGUAGCAGUAGCUUGGGUUAGCAGUAGAAGAAGAAGAAAAGAUCUUUUCUAUAGUGCAUCUCAAGGUAAAAAUCACGAGGCGCAUCACAAAAAAAAACAAAAAAUGUAAAAUACAAAAAACAAUUUAGAGAAUGAUUACAAAUAUAUAUUAAAAUGAGCAAAAAUAGACAAUUGUUAUUAAAAAAUAGAGAGAGAGUGAAUUGGAAAGGGGGAAAUCAGUGGAUCCGGAGGAAGGUGGAAUAGGUAGGGAGAGCAGAACAAGGAGAGGUGAUAAUGGUCACACCAAAACCAGCUUGAACAGGUGAGUUUUCAGCUGCUUUUUAAAGAAGUCCACUGAGUCCACUCAGGGGGAGAGAGUUCCAGAGUCUGGGGGGUCACAGCAGUAGCUUGAGAUAGUGUUAACAGUAGCCCACGCUAGCAUUUACCAGGGCUGCCAACUCUCAUGCAUUGUGUGAAAUGCACGCAUUUGACCCUCUUCACACGCUCUCAUGCAACAACUCCAAUAUCUCACGCUGAUUAACCCCCCCCCCCCCCCCCCUUCCCCAAUGGGAUAAAUAACUGAAUGCAUGAAAAUUAAUUUUGUUCACAGAAAUAAUUCUUGAACGAACUGUUAAUGAGAUUUUUUGAAAGUCAUGCUAGCAUUAGCUUUUAAUUUGCAGGACACUUAUACUAAAAAGGAAAGUUUUGCUGUCUGCUGUCCCCACCUCGCUGUUCUGGCUGCUGUUCUGACUUCAGGAAUGACAGGUGGCAUUUAACUGAACAAUAGAUUGUUUUCAGUAUCAAUAACAAGCCUGUGUUUAUAAUAUUGGGAGACAUCCUCACUAACCAGAAAAAUGUGAUCAAUAUAGUUUUCUAAUUUUACUGUUAUGCUUGUUGACUUUUUGGUGAAUUUGGUAAAUGUUUUUCACUGGGAGACUUUUGGUUUGUUUUUGGUUUUUGCUUCAAAAUGAAGACAACUCUUUGGAGGAAGAUGAUUUUCAAACUCAAUGUAGUUUUGAAUGCUUAAAUCUAACCAAACAGUAAUUAAAAGAAACUAAUUUCAACUUAAGCAAAUCUGGAAGCAGGAUUGUUUUUCCUGUCAGAUCUGAUAACCAAUGCUUUUAAUUUUUCUUUACUUUACCAGACUGUAUAACCAAAUAUUACCAGUCUGUGUUCAACUGAGGCUUUCUGUCCCAUUAUUCUAUUUAUUUCUGCAGUAACUGAUAAGUAUUUCUGCCUCAGCAACCUCUAGCAUCUUGUCAUUGAGAACUUUUGCAAUCCUUUCUAAACCUUUGGCUCUGUGUCAACAUGGACCAAAUUAUCAUUUUAUUGUGAAACCCCAUUAAAAUUGUAAUCGUAAUGUUCUGUCGUCAGUGUAGAGAUUAUUAUUAUUCAGCGUGCAACACAGAGUGAUAAGCCAUAAUGGAACAAUAAGGAUUUCCUUUCCCCAAUGUGCCACACAGUAAUGCUGCGACAUCACUCAUAAUCCCACAUAUUGAUUUUAAUCACUGUGUUUGUGGUAUGAUGUUUUUAUUGUAACUCUGCCAGAAUAAAUUAUCACAUACUUGCAAUUUGAGUUUAAACUACAUUUUGGAAAAUGAGACUUAGCUGUUCACAUUUGAUGUCAGAUUAUAACAUACUAACCAGAUCUAUGAGUUAGGAACAAAUAAAAUGUCUCGUGUUUCUUAACUUAUCGAUCUGACUCAAUUGGAACUGGGCUUCAAAUUUCUCUACCUCAAGUUUGAUAUCGGAAGUGACAGAAUUUGUGCAAAUCUUCAACAUCCUCAUCAGUUUGACACGUGCAGCAUAGAAAAACAAUAAUUUCUGUGAUCAGAUCUUCUGUCAACAUCUCAAGCGUACAGUAGCAGGAUGGAAUCUGUGUGCCUUGCAUGAAACAACUACAGCAGAACUAUGAUUAAACUUUUACUUAAAGUGUAAGUACAGAUCUUUUGAAGGGGUGUAGAAAGCUCUCUCUCUCUCUCUCUCUCACUCUCUCUCUCUCUCUCUCUCUCUCUCUCUCUCUCUCUCUCUCAAUGGUCUCAAUCUAGAAAGAAUAGAGAUACAUUCUGACUGGAAUUGUUUGAGGGGGACCAAUAUCAAAAUUGGUUUCUGUGGUUUAAUCUAAUUUAAUUAUGUUAUUUCAAGGAAAGAGUUUUGUAUUAAACGAUUAUUUCCAUAAAAGUAGGGGUUGGGAUUUGAUGUUUAUUGCACUUCCCAUCGCAGUUUCAUGUUUGUCAAAGUGAAACUGAGGCCUUAUAAAUUAGCUUUUUCAUGAACUGCUUUGAAAUUCUGGUGAUUAGAGUUGUUUUAUUGCAGCUUUUGAACGGACCUGCUAUGACUAGCUGUUAGUUUGUUUAUUUAGUCAGAUGUCAUCUUUAUUUCUCUAAACUGAGGUAAUUCAGUGAGCUGUUUAUUAAAUUUAUGAUGUUAAUUUUCCACAAAUAGGGAUAAAAACCUAUUUUUAAUGAGGAAUAAUGCGAUAAAUUACAGUCUUUAAAAUAGGUGUUAAAAUGUAAAAAAAAAUUAAAAAUACUUCAAACCUUAGAGCCAGUAGCAUUACUGGUUUCCAGCUGUUUAAAUGUAUUGUUAAAAUUGUUGUUAUCCAUUUUUAUUGAUAGUAAAGAGAAACAAUUAAAACAUGCUCGAUAGCAGCUCUGGCUUUAAACCUACCUUGAUCUCAGUGCUGCGUUCUUGUGUCAAAUUGAAUUUAAAAAAUUUGUCAGCACGUCCUCCAAAUGGUGCAAAUAACCAUACAGCAGAGUUUACUAAAGGAACCAGUAAAACUAACCAGUUUGUUCGUUAAAAGAUCUGAACUUUGGCUUUAAUUCUCAGAUUUCUCUUAGAGGAAUUACAGACAUGCCGAUCAAAAUAUCAACUCUAACCCAUAGCUCUUUUUAACAUUAGAAAAAUAAAGUAAAAUAAAGGUCUCCUUCUAUAACAUAUCAAGUAAUAUCUGGGUGUUUUGUAAUAUAUCACUAGAGCACAAUAUGAACUGAACUAAUAAAAAUGCAGCAUGAAUUGCUUCGUUAGUUCCGUUAAUAUGGUGUUAUGAACAUCAUGUACGUACUGCACAUUGGUGGUAGCUUGAUCUUUGUUUCCAGGUGAGCCCUAACAGGGGCUUUUGACUGGAUGUGUAAGCGUUGCGUAACGUCUCCGAACCGUAGUGUGCAGCAAUUAACCGCCGCAUAACAGAUGGGCAUUUCCACCGGCCGCAAAGGGUUACGUUUUGGAAGCUCUGAAAUGUAGGUAUGUGUCACUUACUCUUCAAUCUAUUUUUUUACAUGCCAAGCUUUAAUAAGCCAUCAAACUCAGCAGUUCAGAUCAGGCCAGACAGGAAGUCAAACGCAAAAGCAGUGGACAUUUUCUAAAUAAAAGUCACAUGCUGAUUUCAUGUUGCUAACAUUCAACAAUGUACCGGUACAUAAUUUCCUGUGAAACCUCCUUAACUGAGGUAAACAGAACAGAAAAUAAACCACUGACCUUUUCGGAUACAAGCUGCGGUCUUUCUUAUCGCAUGAACUGCUGAAAUCACAUGUGGUCCCUCAAUUCUGUGAUUUUGUAACUUCAAGGGACCAGCUGUGUGGGUCGCUUUUGCUGUUGUUUCACAGGGAGCUUGCAGGUGGUGCAGUGUUAGCUGCUGAGUCUGUUUAUUAAGUUACGUGCUGCUUACGCAUUCAGUGAAAAGUCAGGGUACGGGUGCCCGGGUUAGCCUUUUCCCCUGGGCAGCUUUGCAGGUCGUUACGGCCCUGCUUCUUUUUCUUUGUGCAAUCAAUUUCCAUCACAUCACAUAAGUCUUCUUUUGCUGACUUGAAGUAAAGGCAAUACAGCUUCUUUAUCCUUGUUGUGACACUGUUGUGUCUUGUCAACCCAAUCGGGAUGCGUUGAAGUCAAACGUAACCUGCUGAUAUGCAGCCACAGAAACUUGCCAUUUCUUACAGCUGAAGUCUUUUAACGUGGUUUUAUUUACGUGAAAGAAGUCAUGUGUCUGCACUGCAUUUGUUCCCUCCUCCUUGCUGAAUGGUGGGUAGUGUUGUGGUUCUUUAAGUGUAUUAGUGUUCUGUAUUUUUUGUGUAAUUGUGGCAUGAUAACCAACUCUUCUUAUGUGCCUCAGGUGUGUAAAAUUUGGUGGUCAUGUGAUCUUUAAUGUCUGGCUGCUUAUUUGUGAGAAGUGUGAUGCAUUUCAUGUGUUUCUGUAAAUUAUUAGUAAUAUUAUUUCUGUAAUUUUCUUAAUAUGUCUAAAAACCCAGAUUUCUGUUAAAUAAAAGUAAACACUUUUAAUAAA